AUGCUAACACCUAAUUCUCAGGUCAUACCAAAUUUGGAAGUGUUGGGUUUAGAUGCACAUGACUUCAAAUUGACAUUCCUCCACUGUGAUCUAGCUGAGAGCUUUGGCAAACUUAAAAAACUUUACCUGGGUAACUUUGAUGAUGAAUCUGUUGCUUCUCUGUCUGGUUUCCUUCAAAGGUUAAAUUGUUUGGAAUCACUUUCGUUUUGUGGUAAUAGUUUCAAAGAGCUAUUCCCCUAUGAACAAGGACAUACAUGGAAACAAGAUUUACGAGGGGACACAUUUCUUCAAAAUCUUCAAACUCUACAAGUAGAUAGAUGCCAUUGUUUGACAAUUUUGAUGCCAAUCGCAAUGGCUUUCAAAAAUCUUACAACUCUGGACAGUUGGAGCUGCGAUGGACUAGUCAACGUACUUGCAUGCUCAGCAGCCAAGACUCUUGUCAAUCUCACAACAAUGAAAAUAAGAGACUGCAAGUUAGUGACAGAGGUAAUAGCAAACGAGGGAGACAGAGAAGAAGCGAUUGUUUUUGGCCAAUUGAAAGUUUUGGAGCUUUACCGUUUAUCAUGCCUCACAUUCUUCUGCUCAACCAAUUAUUCCUUCAAGUUCCCUUGUUUGGAGCAAGUUAUUGUGAGUCAAUGCCCAAAAUUAAAGAUCUUCUCUCAGGGAGUCUUAAGCACACCUUUGCUAAAGAGAGUUCAAUUGUCGAGAGAGGAUGACCCAGCAUAUUUUUGGAAGGAGGACCUCAACUCCACUAUCAAGCAGAUGUUUACAGAUAUGGUUGGUUUCUGUAGCUUUGAACAUUUGACACUCUCUCAAUUCCCCAACUUGAAAGAAAAAUUAUGGAAUGGUCAGGCACCAAUCGACUUAUUCUGGAAUUUAAAGUCAUUAGAAGUGGAUAACUUUUCAGAUAUGUCAAGUGCUAUUCCAUCCAAUGUGUUAUGCGGCUUCAAAAAUCUGGAAAUGUUGGAUGUAAGAAGUUGUGAGUCACUAGAACAAGUGUUUGAUUUGACGAAAGUCGUCAAGAAAUUCUGGGCUUAA